GAUUAGCCUGUCCUUUGGGGGAGCAGUCGGACUAAUGUUCUUGAUGCUUGGAUGUGCCCUUCCCCAAUACAACCAGUACUGGCCGCUGUUUGUUCUGUUUUUUUACAUCCUUUCUCCUAUCCCGUACUGCAUAGCAAGAAGAUUAGUAGAUGACACAGACGCUACAAGUAAUGCCUGCAAGGAGCUAGCAAUAUUUCUUACGACAGGCAUUGUGGUCUCAGCAUUUGGGCUACCAAUAGUGUUUGCAAGAGCAGAACUGAUUUACUGGGGCGCGUGCGCACUUGUUCUUACGGGGAAUACAGUCAUCUUUGCCACGAUCCUAGGAUUUUUCUUGGUCUUUGGCAGCAAUGACGACUUCAGCUGGCAGCAGUGGUAAAAGGAAGAUAAGAGAACUAUCACAGGCAUCUUGUCAUGCAGUGGCCAUCCAUACAAAUGAGAGAAUGGGCAAUAAAGAGAAGUAGCGUAGCAAGCCUCUUGGGUGUUCUAGAUGCUCCUUUUCACCUUGUUCGUUCCGAGUGUACUACUGUUGCUGACAGGGUUUCUACAUUUUUACGAAGUGGAGAGAUUAUUGAUUUCAUUUUUACCUAUGGUAUGUUUUUAGGUGCUCUCUUGGUUUAAAAUUGUCAUCCUGCUGUCCAGUGUUUAUGUGAAGCUUUAAAUCUGGAACAAGAACAUUUAAACAUGGUUUCAAAGAAGAUUUAAAGUU